AUGGAGUUGCGUGUUGGUCAUAAAUAUCGACUUGGCCGGAAAAUUGGUUCAGGUUCAUUUGGUGAUAUUUAUCUUGGUACAAAUAUAGCUUCGAAUGAAGAAGUCGCUAUUAAACUCGAAUGCGUUCGUACGAAACAUCCUCAAUUGCAUAUUGAAUCGAAAAUUUAUCGAAUGAUGCAAGGUGGAGUUGGUAUACCAUUAAUUAAAUGGUGUGGUGCUGAAGGCGAUUAUAAUGUUCUUGUUAUGGAUUUGCUUGGACCUUCAUUGGAAGAUUUAUUUAAUUUUUGUUCAAGAAAAUUUUCGCUCAAAACUGUUCUAUUACUGGCUGAUCAAAUGGUCAGUCGUAUCGAUUUUAUUCAUUCGAAAAAUUUUAUUCAUCGAGAUAUCAAACCAGACAACUUUCUAAUGGGUCUCGGGCGAAAAGGCAAUCUUGUGUAUAUCAUUGAUUUUGGUCUUGCAAAGAAAUAUCGAGAUGCACGUACACAUCAACAUAUACCAUAUCGAGAAAAUAAAAAUCUCACUGGAACAGCACGUUAUGCUUCAAUCAAUACACAUCUUGGAAUUGAACAAAGUCGUCGAGAUGAUAUGGAGUCACUCGGUUAUGUACUAAUGUAUUUUAAUCGUGGCAGUCUUCCAUGGCAAGGUUUGAAAGCAGCAACUAAACGUCAAAAAUAUGAACGUAUCAGUGAAAAGAAAAUGUCGACACCUAUUGAAGAACUAUGUAAAGGAUUUCCUGCUGAAUUUACUACUUAUCUAUCUUAUUGUCGUUCAUUACGUUUUGAUGAUAAACCAGAUUAUUCAUAUUUACGACAAUUAUUUCGUAAUUUAUUUCAUCGACAAGGUUUUACCUAUGAUUAUAUAUUUGAUUGGAAUAUGCUCAAAUUUAGCGGCCAACGCUUUGAUACGAACAGUGCUAAUGAAGGAUCGACUAAUAAACUUGAUACCAAUGGUUUUAGUGGUACACAGCAACAAAGUGCACAACAAAUGUAUACAACCAACCAAGAAACCCUUGAUGUAAAUGAUCGAACGACACACGGUCAAUCGAUAAGUAUGAACGUUGAUAAUAAUAAUGGAAAAGUGGUGAAUCAAAAAUCUCAUGAAGAUACUAAAGAUGAAAAAUCCGACAAAUCAUCUUCAAAUAUUAAUGAUGAUAGUAAAAUGACAAGGUUGGUUCCUCAACAGAUCGAUAAAACACCAUCACCUUCAAAUGUGUUUACCCGUAUUUUCCAGACUGUAUACCGACGAACUCCUAAAAAUUUCCAACAAAUGCAGCCACCACAAUCAGCAUCGAAUAAUUCCAAACAACAAUUACCCACUGGUACUGAUGCAGGCCGAUCAUCAUCAGCACGUGCCACGAAAAAAUGA